AUGGCGGACGCCGAUCUCCUUGAUGGGAUUGAUGAGGAGUUGGCCGGCUCGGGUCCGCAAGAAAGAGAUUGGCGGGGAAUGGUCACCGCGCUGCUCGUCAUCAUCGCCAUUUGCUCGCUCAUCACCGCCGCCGUCUUUCUCUUCACACCACAUUACUUAUUCAACAUUGGCGCUUAUAAUGAAUCAAUUUCGAAUUGCAAUUCCAGCAAGGAUCUCUUCUCCGCGAAUCGCGACUAUGAUCUGAAAGUGCCCGAGUUGAGGGAUCUCGGUCGGAUGGUGUUCCCGCUUGAAUAUUUCACUUGGAUGGAUGACAAUCAUAUUCUUUAUAUUAUGAGGCACGGGGUGAAUCGGGUCGAUGUGCGCAACAACAACUCCACGCAAUAUGUCGAUGGGGAUUUUCUGCAAUCACACCUUGGCUACGUGUCAAAGGUGCAAUUCUCGCACGACUUCGAGUACAUUUGCAAACGAGUGUCCUCGGCGGCGAACGCGAGCCUCAACCCCGAGCAACAGGUGUACAAUUAUGAGAUCGUUCACCGACAUAACAAACAAAUUCUUCGAGUUGGUGUGCGAAAAGGAGCCGGGGAGAUGCAACAAACGUUUGCUUGGAGUCCGGCUGGGAAUGAUUAUGUAUUCGUGCAAAAUGGCCAGCUCUACUAUGUCGAGAAACCGGAAGCGAACAAUUCAACGAUAAUCUCCGAUGGAAACACAGAUAAAAUUAAUGGAAUGCACAAUUGGGUGUACACGGAGGAGAUCUUUGACUCGAAUAAACAAGCCAUUUGGUGGUCACCGAGUGGAGGCCAGCUCGCCUUUGCCACGCACAAUCCGAAUGAUCUCCGAAAUGAAACGAUAUUGAUGACAGCUUAUAAACGAGGCGAUCCCUAUCCAUCGGUUUCCGAAGUGCCCUACCCGAAGACAAAGGCCCGAUUCUUGCCCGUUUACACAUUGUCGCUGUGGGAUCGUUAUCUGAGACAGACGCGAGUGUUGGAUGUACAAUUGAAAGACUCGAUAUCUCCGCACUACUUGAUCGCGGUGAACUGGGUACGUUUGUAUGGACGAGAGGUUAUGGCGGCUGUUUGGGCUAAUCGAUAUCAAAAUCGAGUGAGCAUCACACUGUGCAACUAUGAGACGUCUCUGUGUCAUUUGGUAUCCGACUACACUUAUCAAUCCAGACAAUGGGCAAUGCCGUCGGACUAUCAGUCAAUGCACUCCGCUCGCGAUGCUCUCUUUGUGAUUGUGCCCAAAGCGAAAGCGUCGGAUGGAAAUAUUUACAAUCAUGUUGUACGAUUGACGAUUCCUGAAAACUGGCAAACGGGUGGACUGUCCGUGCAAGCAGUGGAAAGCAUUCUAACCAUUGGCGCCUUUGAUGUGAGCCGAAUUGCGAGAUACGAUGAAGCACAAGAUUUGAUAUAUUUCGUUGCUCAAGCUCCUACUCCAAGUAAUCAACACAUUUAUGUGACCAAAGCGAGCCCGACUGAUGAGCCGGACUCGGUUGUGUGCAAAUGUGUUUCGUGUGUGGCAGAGAAUUGUACAUAUCAGAGAGAUUUACUCUUCUCUCCCGAUGGAAAACGAUUGAUUGUACCGUGUCGAGGCCCUGGAAUCCACCAUAAUUUGGUGGCUCUUGUUGUCGGAAACAAUCAGCUUGCUAAAGUCACCAACACGAUGACCAACGAGGCUUACGCUCAACAAAUGACGAAAGUGAUGGAAACGGUGACGAUCAACGAAGAUGUAGAGCUGCCUGAUGGAUAUGUUGCUCGUACUCGAAUGUGGCUUCCACACGAUCCACAACGCGGCUCUCGACCAUUUCCCGUGCUCCUUUAUGUAUAUGGCGGCCCUGGCUCGCAAGCGGUCAACGACGAAUACAAAUGGAAUUACCCGAAAUGGUUGUGCUUGAAUCGAUCGAUGGCCGUGAUUGAAAUCGAUGGAAGAGGAUCCGGUGCUCGUGGGUGGAAAUAUCGCUCGCCGAUCUAUGGAGCGCUUGGCUCGGUCGAAAUGAAAGAUCAAAUCGAUGCGCUAAAAAUUCUCGUCGAAAAGCAUCAAUUCUUGGAUAAAAGCCGAAAAGUCGUUUAUGGAUGGUCGUAUGGUGGUUUUGCUGCUGGGAAUAUUGUUGAAAUGGCGCCCGCGAAUAUGUUCAGGUGUGCAAUAUCGGUGGCUCCAGUCUCGAAUUUUUUGCUUUAUGAUGCCACCUACACGGAACGAUACAUGGGACAAGCGGAUCGAUCAGCUUACGAUGCGGCAGAUUUGGUACGAGAUGUGUCGAAAUUCAGAACAACCCGUCUCCUUUUGAUGCAUGGACUCUAUGAUGACAAUGUCCACUUCCAAAAUAGCGCCCUAUUCAUUGAGGAAUUGCAAAAAAACAAUGUCGACUUUGAUCUCAUGGUGUUCCCGAAUCAAAAGCACGGUAUUCAAGCGACUCGACAAUACGUCUACCUCAAAUUUUACAACUUCCUCAAUGAAUGCAUUCAGCAGAUGAAUCCUUUCUUCAACUUGAGUGCCUGCGUUCAAAAUGCUUUUCCUUCUCCUACAAUGAAGACGAUCACUCCAAGCUCAAUUUUGCCAUCUUCACUCCAUGAAAUGGGAGUUUCGUCACCGCUGAAUGCCAGGAUGUUAUCGAAUGUCGGCUACAAUACUUUCCAAGACGUGGAGCAUCUUCCCGAAGCGCUCGAAGAAACGGUCGAUGGUGGACUUAUGCCUGGAAUUCCCGUGAUGCGACCACAACUUCCUUGCUUUCCGAUCACAAACUUUGCCGACUACAAUGUGAGCUUUCCAAGGACUGUCAACAUGGAGAUGCCAAGACAUGUCGAAGCUGCUCACGAGGAAACGGUUCUCGGAGGGCACAUUCCAGGGCAGCCACCUCUUCAGCCGCUCCCUCAAACGAGCGAUCAACAGGUGCUAACGGAUGAGGAGCGAGAAGAGGCACUCAGGAAGAAAAGGAAAGAAGAGGCUUUCAAGACGGCCCUAUGUGAUGCAUAUCGACGAAACGGUAAAUGCUCGUAUGGGGAUGCGUGUCGAUUCGCUCACGGGGAACAAGAGCUCCGACUUCCCGCUCAACCAAAAGGAAAAGCUCAUCCGAAGUAUAAGACCCAGCUAUGCGACAAGUUCUCUCAAUUCGGAUGGUGUCCAUACGGUCCAAAGUGUCAAUUCAUCCACAAGCUCAAGAAGGGUCUCCCUAUUGUCGAAUAUGACCGCUUGGUUACCUCUGGGGAACUUUCGCCUGCCAAGGACUGUGAAGUGCUUAUUGUGGAUCAAUCACCAAUGAAAGCGGGCUGGCAAGAGCUGCGUCUUGAUCAACCUCCACCUGCAAUGUUGAAGAAUCGCCGGAGCCGUGACAUUCGCGCCAAAGAGGACCAGUCUGAUCAGUUUCAAGCUGUCACUGCUGCUCUUCCUGGAAAGGUGCCUUUGCAUGGAGUCAACGCGCAAAUCAUCGAGAGCACCCGCAAGAAAGCCCUUGAGAAGAUGCUCCGCGAAGUGUUGCAACGUGAAAAUGAGGAGAAGAGAGCCGCCGAACGCCGUGCUCAGCAUGCUCGCGAGCAAAUUAAAUCAAACUUUCUG